AUGUCGAACACACGUCGGAAGAUCUUCGACAGCGCUGAACUUGUGACGUCACAGAGUCGAUGCUUUAACAAUAGAUCGAUGGAAAGUGUACGCUUAUCUGUCUGCCCCGACGACGUGUUGGUGGACAGAAAGGUGUCUGUCCAGGUGUCAGGGCUAGAGGCUAGACAAAAUGUGACCGUAUAUACAUCAGUCAAGGGCGACAAAGGAGUAGCAUUCGCCAGUUGUGGGUGUUACCAGGCAACAACGGAUGGGCGAUUGGACCUGGAGAGCAUGCCUUCCUCUUCUGGAACCUACACAGGAAUCGAUGGCAUGGGGUUUAUUUGGAGCAUGCUGCCAUCCGUAGGACAGCGCCCAGGCGUCCAACUUUUGCAUAGUGAUGUCACCAAGCCACAGAUAGUGGACAUUUCUGUCUACAACGGUCAUCUUGGCUUUAUAGAUUUAUGUAAAGGCCUUUCUGACUCUCCAGUGGCGAAAACAGUGCUGAAACGUUGGUAUAAAUCCCAAGACGUCAGCAGAAUACCGAUUACAUCUGGGCGAAUACGUGGGUCACUUUUCGUUCCAAAUGGUGACCGACAGUUCCCAGGGAUAAUAGAUAUCGUCGGCCUUGAAGUAGGUGUCAUGGAGAACCGGGCUGCUCUUCUUGCAUCUCAUGGAUACGUUGUCAUGGCACUGCCUUACUAUGGUUAUGAAGACCUUCCUAAACACAUCGUUAAUCUGGAUUUACAAUACUUUAAGGAAGCAGUAACAUUUAUGGACACACACAUCCAUGUCAAGCCUGGCGGUCUGGGAAUUAUAGCAAAUUCUAAAGGGGCAGAAUUCGCCCAGCUUAUGGCCAUCCAUUGUGAUAAAAUUAAAUAUAUGGUCAGUGUGAAUGGCAUGCCCUACAUAACAUUCUUUCCUAUCAGGAAUGGUGAUGUAUCAUAUCCACCUGCCGUAAAACUGGAUCUCUCCUCUUGUGAUUUUACUGAUGAAGGGGUUGUCGGCAGAAAGGGUCACAUCCUUGACACUGAAAAAUUCAUCAAAGUAUGGGAAUCAGACGUAAAAAUCCUGAGUAUUUGUGGUUCUGAUGACCUCAACCUCCAUCCUGAUCUCCAGCAGCUUCGGGUCGACUGUUUUCCCCCCGACAAACGUGACAACAUAGAACUUGUGACGUACAAGGGAGCAGGGCACUUAAUAGAGCCUCCUUUUACCCCCCACUGUCGGGCCUCUUAUAACAAACUGAUACAAAACAAUUUGGUAUGGGGUGGAAACCCAAUCGACCAUGCAUAUGCACAAGACGAUUCCUGGAGACGUAUUCUUCACUUCCUCACUAAACAUUUCCAUGGAGAGGACACGGUUUCUAAGUUACAUAAAUUAUAA